GUUGCGAUUCUCAGAGCCGAUCUUUGUACCAGGAAAAGAGUAAGAAAGAGAAGUAAGGAACUGCAUGAUCUUCUAGACUCAACCACCCUCCAAGCCAGUCAUCAAAGGCGAAAUGGUGCCAUUGCUGAUCUGACUCUUCAACAUGUCACUAGAAGCAAGUGCUGAAGAUGUGAAUUCUCCACUUAUCUCAGGUGACAACAGAAGCCCUUCAGCUCCCAAAGAGUACAGGGCUAAUGCUCUAGUUAGUAAUUGUCGACUGGGGCAUCGUCAAAAGAUCCUCGUCACCAGCUGCAUUCUUCUCACAGAGUUAUGUGAACGUUUGACCUUCUAUGGAUUGACGGCUAACUUGCUGUUAUUUGCUAGCAAUGAAUUAAAUCUUAAAUCACCCUGGCCAUCCACUAUUAGUUAUUUGUUUCAAGGAACAUGUUACCUUGUACCUUUGUUAGGAGGAUGGUUGGCAGACACCUACUUGGGUAGAUUCAACACCAUUUAUGGAAGUUCGUUAUUGUAUGUUGUAGGAACUUUACUUUUAGCUGUUGUUUCCUUGAAAAAUGACAUGCUCAAAGAACUACUGGGCAAAAAUGCAGCUCAUGAUAAAGCAGCAAGAUUAGUGUAUUUUGUGUUGGCUCUGGUAAUGAUAGCAUUUGGGACAGGGGGAAUCAAAGCUAAUGUGUCACCUUUUGGGGCAGAUCAGGUUCAACAGGAUGGUCCCAGAGCUAUCCAGGCUUUCUUUAACUGGUUUUACUGGUUUAUCAAUAUUGGAUCAUUGAUAGCUUUUACUGUUGUUGUGUGGAUUCAGCAGUAUAAAUUUUUCUACGGCUAUGCUAUCACUGCAGGGACCAUGUUCCUUGCGGUUCUUGCAUUUCUUGCGGGUCGCAACAAGUACUUAACAAAGCCACCUGGAGGUAGCCAGCUGACUGAAAUUACAAAAAUAUUGUGUGAGGCAAGGCGAAAUCGCAAACAGAACACUGGUGGCUGGCUUGAUGGAGCAAAGAGCACUUUUGGAGGAAAAUUUACACGUGCUCAGGUUGAAGAUGUCAAGUCACUCCUGAGAGUCAUUGCAGUGUUCUUUCUCUUUAUUCUUUACUGGACAAUUUAUUUUCAGAUGCAGACCACAUUCCUUAUCCAAGCUACCUUCAUGAAACUGAAAUUUCCGCACUUUACUGUACCAGCAGCUUCUUUGUCCAUUUUUGAUACUGUUGCAGUUCUUACACUUAUUCCUCUCAUGGAUAAUGUUUUGUAUCCUUUUGUGCGCUACCUUGGCUUUAACUUCACUCCUCUGCGACGUAUUGGUGUGGGUAUGUUGCUGGCAGCAGCUUCCGUGGCAGUAGCAGGAGUGAUUGAAAUACAACGAAGGAAUGAAUGGCUUCAUGGUGGCAUUUGUCGGCAAAAAGUUUUGGAUGAUUACCGCAGUGCUUCAUGUUUAAGUGUAUUUUGGCAAGUCCCCCAGUUUGCAUUGAUUGGUGCCAGUGAAGUUUUUACAAGUAUUGCAGGACUUGAGUUUGCAUAUUCACAGGCUCCCAGGUGUCUUCAAGGGGUUGUGAUGGGGGCUUUCCUUGUUACAAGUGGUCUUGGAAACUAUGUUGCAAACCUUCUUGUCGUCAUUGUCAAGGAAGCUAGCAAUGGUGAUUGGUAUCCAGUGGACAACCCAAACAAAGGACACUUUGAGUACUUCUUCUUUCUGUUGGCUGGGCUAAUGAUGCUAAAUUUCCUGGUGUUCCUGUACGUUGCCUCCUACUACAAAUACAAAACUUCCUCCUUGAGGAAUUUUGGAAGAGAGCCGGACAUAGUACAACAAGACAAUCCUCAAGUUUGAAGUCAAUGAGUAUUGUAUCAGUCAAGGCCUUCCACAGUCGAAAUAAUUCUUUUUUUUUUCUUUGUUCUGGCUUUUGUCUUAUGUCUUGUUUUGUUUUCUGGCAGCCAAUCCACACCCUUUUUUGACAUGAAUCCUCUUAGCACAGGGGUACAAGUGCAGAGCUAUUGGGAGGUGGGGGAAGAGGGCUUUUUGAAAGAAAUCAAAAAACAAUUUUGUUUUAUUGCCUUGAUUUUUGAUUUAUUAAUAACUUUUUUCAUGAGUUGAGAAAUAAACCAGAAAAUGUCUAUACCAAUUAAUCAUUACUGUUAUAACUUUCCAGUAUUAAGUGAUUUUACUCGUUUGUAUUAAUGUUAGAAAAAUCUUCCCUAUUUAGUCGAGAGAACAUUCUUCCCAAAAAACGGGCUCCAAGCCCUCUGAUUUUUUAUGUCACAUGAAGGAAAAAUAUGAUUUUACGUUUUACAAUCUGAAAGGUCUCUUUUGGAACAGUCAUGGACUGCAGUGUUAGUUGCAAUUGAAUAAAUGUUUCUGAACAAUA